UUCAUUGUACCUGCAAACAUGGUCGAGCAAAUUAAUAUGUUCACUAUAUUUGUUAUGUUAAAUGUUAUAGGUUCUAUAAUACUAUACGUUAGUGUUCCAGCUUCAUCAAACCCUUUAAAGGGUUGCUUGGGUUGUUUAAAUCCAAAAGUAAAAGAAGAUCCAGAAGUUAAUAUCGAGCCAAAAGGAAAUCAUGAUCCACAAAUCAAUCUCGAUCCAAAAGUAAAUCAAGAUCCAAAAGUUGAUAUCGAUCCAAAAGGAAAAGAAGUUCCAGAAGUUAAUAUCGGUGAGUUUUAUUAUAUUGUUUCCUUGCUUUCUGAGAUUUUAGGCUUUUUGUUACGACCUAACAACCAACCACGGCCCACGAGUCCAUGGAAACACUCUGGCCUCGUGACCUAUAAGCCGAACCGUGUGUUGGCCCUAAGGUCAAUUCGGUGGAACUUAUAACAUUUGAGUACAAUGUUAGUUAAAAUUAAUUAACUAGGGAAAAAAAUGUUAAAAGA